UGUUAUCACUGCUAUUUUUGAAAACAUUUUUUUAUUUUAAACAUGUCACACAUUGAAACAAAAGAAGACGUAGCGCUAACAAAACGCCUUGAAACUUAUUGUUGUGCACAGAAACAAUAUUACAUCAAUAGCAAAUGUACUCUUGUCAAUACAUUAAAAAUUUUACCAAGGGUUGUAAUAUACAAAAACUCGCUAAAAAUUGGAAGCUGUUAUGAAAGUUUGAUAACAAUUAAAAAUGAGGGAUUGCACAACCGUCGUUUGCUAUACACCACCGAUUCUGAGGAUAUUUCCAUUAGUACUAAUCCUGAAAAUCUAAUGGACAACUUUCUGGAAUCUGAACAAACCGUACAAUUAUCAAUAUGCCUGAAACCAACGAAAAAGUUAAAUAUUAAUCGUAGACGUCACAUUUUCAUUGAAGCAGAACAUCCGAAUUUGAAAUUCGAAUUGCCCAUCAUUAUAUUGGGUGCACAUAAAAUAGAGGUGCCGAGUAUACCAGAACUGCUUGUAUUUCCUUCAACCUCUGUGGGUAGUUUUACAUUUUAUGAACUUGUUUUGUAUAAUGGAAAUUCGGAGAAGACGUCUUUCAAUGUGAAAGGAACUAACUCUCAUCUGACUCUUUUUGUGCCUAAUUUAACUAUUCCUAAACGUGAUUAUUGCACAAUAUUGUUAAAACUGGCCUGUAAAGCUUUUACUGAAGUUAGCGAUGUUAUCAAAUACAAAUUUGGUUCGGAAACAUUUGAAGUUGCAUUUGUCCACCAGCCUAUGCAGUGGAGUCUUUUUCCAGACACCAUACAUAUUCAAUUCGAUGCCAUUAAAUUCGAUAGAAAUACGUCCAAGUCAUUUCGCAUAUGUAAUGAUUCGAAUAAAACCAUCAAAUUUCAGGCACUUUUUCUCGAAAAUACUGAAGACAACUGCUAUGAAAUUAUGUCCAAAGAAAAUAAUAAAAUUAUUGAUAAAUAUCCAUGGAGACACUUUCAACUUCAUCCCAACUGUGGGACUCUCUCGCCGAAUUUAUCGCAGUUGAUUAACAUCACCUUUCGUCCCAUAAUGCAUGAAAACUUUUGUUCCCAACUAGAAAUCCCUCCAUUUUCAGUUGAAACAAAUUUGUCCAUUAAAGCCCAAGAUGGGAUGAGAGCUGAAUACAAGUCAAUAAAAGUGAAAGGUUUUAUAAAUGGUCCUGAUAUUGAAAUUAUUCCGAAAUGUAUUGAUUUUCGCAAUGUCUAUUUCGGUGAGGAACAAUGCGCCAGCAUUAAGGUUCUCAAUGUUGAUGGUCUCUCUGAAUGUCAUGUAGAUUAUUAUGACUUUAUUAGUCAUGAUGAAGCAAGCGUUGUGAUUACACCUGCAGGUGGCUAUGAUUUGAAACCCUGUCAGAGUGCCAUAUUCAAUUUGCAAUUUUUUGCUAAAGUUGUGGGCAAAUUUUUGAUCACCUUGCAAUUUAAAGUGAGAAAUGGAAAUUUCUUUACCACUUUAAUAAGAGGUGUCUCCCAGCAAGUCCGUGUCAAAUGUUUUCCCGACAUCAUCGAUUUGGACAUUGUACCAGUUUGUGUGCCACAAAAACGUUUGGUACUUCUAAUGAACCCGCUGUCUGUACCAAUUACUGUACAAUGCUGUGUUCCCAAUGAUGGUAUAGAAACUCCAUUGGUUUUAAAUAUAAACGAUACCAACCAACAUUUGCCAAUAAAUGUCAAAGAUCCCAUCAUUCAUAUGCUGGAAUGUCAAGAAAAUGAAGAAAUAAUAUCACGUUUAGAUGAUGACGAUUCGAGGGUGGAAGUUAAUUGUGGAAAUAUGAUUGUAGAAAUGAAAAAUUCAGAAAUGUCACUACAAACAUAUCGAUCAAUGAUAAAUUAUGAUAGUUCAUCAAUUACAUCGUAUAGCACGGAAUUUCAAGAAGAAGCAUUGGAUUCCAUACCCACAAUUGCUUCCAAUUUAAUUUAUCAUUUGAAAAAACUGAAAAUAUUCGACAAACCAGAUAUGGAACAAAAAGUCAUCGAAGAGGCAUUAUCCGCCUUAUUACAAACCUCAUAUUUUUAUGAUAUGGAUAAAUAUAAAAACUAUUGUAACAUGGAUUGGAAUUCCCUAUCUUCUGAUCCAAAAGAAAUCUAUUGUAAUAAUGAAAUAAUCUAUCUUAAUCCGAAUACGGGAAAAGUUAUAAGUGUUGUCGUAAUACCGAAUGUCAUUGGUCAUCAACAGAAAUAUAUUGAAUUGCGGGUUUGUCCAAUAUUGCCACCUUCCAGUAAUCCUGAUGAUGAUAAUAAUGUUGCUGACAGUAUAGAGUCGAAUUUGCAACAAAUAGUACGUUCCAAUAAUUUAUUGAGUAAACUAUGGGUUGAAUAUAAUUGUUCGGUGCCAGAAAUUGUAUGGGAUAAUGUUAUCAAUAUGCAAGAUCCUCUGUAUGCUGGAGAACUAUAUGAAUUUGAAAUGAUUUUUGAGAAUUGCAGUAAAAUUGGUGGAUUUUUCUAUUUCGAUGUAAUUCCUGACAAUGAAUAUGGUACAAUGAAAUUUUUAAAUUACCGUUGGAAAUAUUUCGUUGAACCAGAAUCAAUCAUCAAAGUUCCAUGUGCUGUGGAAUAUAAGAAACCUGGAUUUAUUUCGCUUUUGGGACUCAUAAAGUUUAUUGGCGUCAAUACUGGAUUUCCAUUUCACAUCAAAUCUGAAGUUCUUCUACCUCAAAUUAACAUCAAUCCCCAACAAAUUGUCAAAAGAGUAACGGUAUUGGAGAGGACAAACUUCUACAUAUACAUUGACAAUAUAACACCGACAACUACUUGGUUUAGUAUGAAAUUGAAAGACGAAAUUCACUUUAGAAUUUAUCCGGAGGGCGGACAACUGGCGCCAACUGGACAAGGCAUGGUUGUCUUAAUGGAAAUGUAUUUUACUGAUCCCGGAUUAUAUAGGAAUACUUGGAACAUCAUCAUGCAAUAUGAAACAGUUAAGAAAAUCCCCAUUACCAUACAUGUCGAAGGAAUGCCGAUAUUUUUUGAACCAGAUAUUCAACUGCAAGAUUUUAAUAUUGGCACGAUUUUAUGCACAACCGAAAAUGAAUACUACUCUGAAAUCUCAAACUAUACAAAACUAAUACGAGUUGUAAAUCGUGGUAAACAUUCAUAUCGGAUUGCGAUAACAAAAACGAAAAGUUCGUCCAAACCAAUUUGCCAUAUAACACAAAUAAAAGCGAAGCUGCUAAUAAAACCCAAUAAUUUGGUGAUGGAUCCAAUGUCACAAGAUCAAUUUUUUAUAGUGGCCAAUGCCUGUGAACCUGUUAGCAUUCAUAAUGAAUUUCGCAUCGAUAUUAUUGAUCUAGCAGAACCGACGAGGAAGCAAUCCUCACGUUUUGUUAUUAGAGGUCAGUUUUCACAACCGGAGUUAAUGUGGAAUUGUCGGGAAAUUAAAAUGGAUUAUUGUCGCACACACAAGUAUAAGGAACAUCCACAGUGGGAACUAUUAAAGCUUACCAACACCACAAAUAAUUUCAUUGAAAUGGUCUGUUUGAAGGUCUUCAGUCCAUUUAUGCUUAAAGAACACUUCGAAUGUCCUUCGCUUAAGGAACUGGAAUUUGCAAUGUGUCCAGCAGAAACUAAGGAGAUUUUCUUAAUUUUGGAUAAGAAAUCAGUGAAAGAACACAACAAUUCUACUGUUGAUGGUCGUAUAAACUGUUCGGCGAAUUCACAUAAACAGAAAUCUGUCAACAUCAAACUCAACAUAUUUACUCCUUCGUUAAAUAUCCAACAUAACAAUGUUACACUCUUUGUAAAAAAUGCAGAAGGUGGAACCUUUAUACCAGUUAGGAAUUCGGGAAAUGUGCCAGCCAUGUACAAAUGGUCUAAACUUCAAGAGAACUGGCAUUAUAUCAGUGAAGAGGAUGAUAGUCAACAAGUAGCCGAUAUAAUUAUAUCGGAUAUCAUUGCAUCCCUUAAUUUGGAAACUAUUAUUUUUGAAAAUGAUCCCGAGCCUAAUAUGACAAAACGUUAUCAGAAAUUACGUUGUGUUCUGCCCAAAUUGGAAGAUCCCAUUGGCGUACGAAAAAUAUUGGAUGAUAUUAUAAAUGAGCUUGAUUUAACCCACAAACGUUAUAAAUUGGAGUUAUUGGAACCAUUGCCACCUGCUGAGCCCAGACUAUCUUCUUCUAAAAUGGAAAUAUUGGAAAAGCAAUUGUGUUUACAUGAAUUAUCGCCAGAUAUUUUGGAAAAUAUUAUUAACGAACCCGAAAAAUCUGGCAUAGCUCAUCACGACCAGGAACAUAUUGCCGAACCAAUUUCGAAUAAGAAAAAUGACACGAAUUCAAAAACAUUAUAUUAUAAUAAGAAUUUUUGUAAAGUGCCCUCAUCUUCAAAUCUGCUAGAGCAAACAUCAUCCACGGCAUAUGUCUACCACACGUUGGAUGAAAUUUUGCAACAUAUUAAAAUUGAAGAUAGCUAUACAAUCUCCGAACCCAGUUCUGAAACCUGCGACGUCAAAGGCAGAGUAUACUUUUUUGAAAAAAGUGGCAUCGUGCAAGGACGCGAAACAAUAAUGUGUGCUUUACACAUUCCUCCAAUAAGAAGAGGUUUUGAGGUUUGUGCAACAUUCCAACUGCAGAUUAUUGGUGGAGAAAGCCAAGAAUUCCGAAUUAAUUUAGUAAAUCUGGAUCGAACAUUAAAACUCAGCAAGGAUAGUGUUUAUUUGGGGGUAAAGCCAUGGUAUGAACAAUUCAUGGCACAAGUGCUUGCAGAGAAUAUAACAAAUUACGAAAUAAACCUAAAUACACAAAUAAUAUCCAAAACAUCAAGAAAUCUACCAUCCUCAAUCAUCGGCUACAUAAAAAUGCUAGACGACAAGGAAUUGACACUACCACCCUUCGAUAAAAUCUUCUUAAAAUUUGAAGGUUCAAUGGGUUUAAGUGAGGAAGGAUUUAAACGUGAACUAUGUAUAACCAUAAAUAAUGGCGAAGUGAAAACAGUAAAAUUCCUCGGUCAGGGUAUUAUGCCAAUCUUUAUAGCCGAAAAACGAAAUUUGUCACAAGAACUACAAACGACAGAGGAAAUUAUCAAUGAAUAUCGUUUUUUACAAAAGAUCUAUUAUUUUGAAAUGUUCACUGAAAUUACGGAAUAUGAUAAUGAGUUGUUCAAUAUGCAAGCAGAAGAACGCGAUGUGAAUAAGUCUAUAUGUUCCUUAAUGGAAUUAUCGCAAGAAUCUUCAGGAUCAAUAUUGGAUGAAAGUCAUUCCACAACGGCAAGAUCGACGACACGGCGGAAUCAAGAACUCAACUUCUUUCGUUGUGUUCUCAAAAGUUAUGUUUUAAUAAACAAUAACGAAGAGUUACCAAACGCCACGGUUUUGGAACAUUUAUUGGAAACUGAAAGAUUUCUCCAACAACUUCAGGUGAACGCUGAAACUCGUAAACUCUUUAAGAUCCUCCAUCAAGAAUAUCAACGUUCAUGUAGGAAUUCAAAUGUUAACAAGUUUGCCUCAAAUUUUAAAUAUUUUACCAUUCAACCUCUGCUCUUCCAAAUGAGAGGCGUUGUUUUGGAGUUAGGUAAUUUGGUAUUUAAUCAAUACCACAAUUACUCUGUGUCGUUGGAGUUUUUAGGUCCCGGAAAACUUAUAGCAGCCGCAAGAAGUGUCAUAGAAAUUCCAGGCGUCUUUGUUGAUAUUGAAGCUGAAGACAAAGCUGGCGAUUUACAAUUCAUUUGUCAUCGCCCUAAUCAAAAUCAAUGUAAAACGAAACAAUUGAAACGCUAUCGCAACAUGUACGAACGUAUAAUGGAUGUUGAAGUUGAUCCUAAAAUCAGGCAUGCCCAUUCAUUUGAUAUAGACAAAAGGUCACAACACCAACGUAGUCUUCGUCGCAGUCGUUGCACUCGUAAGUGGUUAGUGAAUCAUUACGGCAGCUUGAAUAAAUCAAUUUAUGCCGAACUCAAACACCAUCAUACGCAUUGUAAGAUUUUUACGAAAUGCAAAAAUGAGACUAUUUCCGGAGCAAAACUUAAUGUAGUAAUACUAAUACGACCCGAAAGAUUGCAUUAUGCGGCAAAUCAACAAAUUGAAGAUUAUUUGUUUAUCGAUUUGCAUAUGGGACCAACUCUGCCGAUUUUGUUGCGUGGCACCAUUAAAGAUUCGCAAAAAUUAUGAAUAUGAAAUAUAUUUUUUAUAUAAU